UUUUUUCAUUUUAGAUCGGCUCUACAGAAUUUUUAGUUUAUUUUGUUUAAUAAUAAGUUCUUCUGCAACAAUCAUGUUUAUUCUAUUCAUAUCAGCAGUUGUUGGAUUCGCAAUUGGUAGAGUGAUAUCGUUGCUAUUGUCUCAAUUAUUCCAACAACGAGUGCAAUUGUUUCAAGACAGUGCUCGUACAUUAAUCGUUCUGGGUUCUGGAGGACAUACAACUGAAAUGCUAGAGAUUGUCAAUAAACUCAAUUUCAAUAAAUAUACCCCACGAUAUUACGUUGUGGCAGAAAAUGACCAAAACUCAGUUGACAAACUCCUUGCAAUUGAAGAAAACAAAAAAGAUUACAAAAUUUAUAUGAUCACUCGAAGUAGGAAAGUCCAUCAAAGUUACGCAUCAUCAAUCAUCACAACAUCAUUGUCAUUCUUAAAUUGUAUACCAAUUCUCAUGCAUGCUCGACCUAAUCUCAUUCUAUGUAAUGGACCUGGAACUUGCGUUCCACUCUGUAUCGUAGCAUUUCUAUUCAAAGUCUUCUACAUCAAUAACAAAUGUAAAAUUGCAUUUAUUGAAAGUUUUUGCAGAGUGAAAUCAUUGUCACUCUCAGGAAAGAUUCUUCUUUAUUUAACUGAUAUUUUUGUAGUUCAAUGGCCAGAUGUUAGUAAGAUUUCGAGAAAAAUUUUGUACUUUGGUCGAUUGACAUGA